AUGCCUUAUAUCGGUUUCUACAUAUUAGACAAAUCAUCAUUGUUGAUUCGCGAUGUGGAACUUAUUAAAAAUAUUUUAAUAAAAGACUUCGAUUACUUCAUUGACGAUACACCUAACAUGACUGAUCAUUUGAAUUAUUCCAAUCUCUUCUUUAUCAAAAACCCAGCCUGGAAGAUCAUAAGAACGAAGUUAUCACCAACCUUCACAUCCGGCAAACUGAAAAAAAUGUUCGAGCUGAUGUUAGAAUGCGGUGAUAAUCUAGAUACCUGCAAAAUGGGACUGAUAACGGCUUAUUGGGGCCUGGAUGGCAUGAUCAUUCUUAUGACUCUGAUAAUAACUGCCUACUUUUACAUGACACGCAAAUUCAAGUAUUGGAAGAAACGAGGCAUUUUAGAAAUAACACCAAUACCUUUCUUUGGCAAUUUUAAGGAGUGUCUAUUCCAGAAGAAAUCUCCGGCAUAUUUCUUAAAAGAUAUCUACGAUGAAAUGAAGGGCCUACCCUAUGUGGGUUUCUAUGUGUUGGACAAACCCUUCCUGCUGGUUCGCGAUCGAAAACUCGUCAAGAAUAUUUUAGUGAAAGAUUUCAAUUACUUCUCUGAUCGGUAUAAUACGGCCGAUCCAAUCGAUCGCAUAGGUUAUGCAAAUCUCUUUUUUAUAAAGAAUCCAGCCUGGAAAGUAGUAAGAACAAAACUUACGCCAUUCUUCACAUCUGGCAAAAUGAAGAAAAUGUUUGAUUUGAUGUUAAUAUGUGUAAAGAAUUUAGAUGAAUACCUCGAUGCACUAGAAUUGGAAGGUAAUGGAAAGACGAUAGAAGUAAGAGAGUUAACUGCUAAAUUUGCUACGGAUAUAAUCGGAAGCACCGCUUACGGACUCGAUGUAAAUUCGUUCAAAGAUCCAAACGCAGAAUUCCGUAAAUACGGCAAGAUGAUAUUUUAUUAUAAUACAUAUCGCAGCUUUGAGAUGCUCGCAAUAUUUUUCCUUCCAACUAUAGUCCGUUUGACACGAAUAAAGAUGUUUGGCAAAGAGCCCACUGAUUUUAUGCGUAAAGUUUUUUGGGAGACACUAACUCAGCGUAUGAAAUCUGGUUUGAAGAGGAACGAUCUCAUUGAUAUUCUUCUCGAAUUAAAAAAUAAUAAUAAUAACGAUCAGAAUCUUAAAGAUUUCACUUUCGAUGGUGAUGAUCUUUUGGCACAAGCAGCUAGUUUCUUCUCAGCUGGUUUUGAAACUUCUUCAACGACUACGACGUUCGCGUUGUAUGAACUUGCGAUACAACCUGAAAUACAGAACACUCUGCGAAAAGAAAUUUUCGAGGCGCUCAAGAAAUCUAAUGGAAAAAUUACAUACGAUAUGGUAUGGUCAUUACCAUAUCUCGAUAUGGUGAUGUCAGAAACAUUGAGAAUGUAUCCACCAUUGGCAUAUCUAAAUCGCAUCCCUAAUCAGACUUACAAAGUACCUGAGUUCAAUCUCGUAAUUGAAAAAGAUACACCGGUUUACAUUUCGAUGCUUGGCCUACAUUAUGAUCCAGAAUAUUUCCCCAAUCCCAAUAAAUUCGAUCCAGAACGAUUCAAUGAGGAGAACAAACGUAACAGACCAUCGUGUGUCUAUUUCCCAUUCGGAGAAGGUCCACAUUCGUGUAUUGGCAAUCGCUUCGGGCUCUUGCAAACGAAGCUAACACUACUUAAGAUCUUGAGCAAAUGCGAGGUGACACUGUGCAAAGAAACUUUGGUACCAGUAGUAAUUGAUCCAAAAGGAGCUAUGACAGUGCCGUUAAAUGGUAUAUUGCAUCUCAAUUUUCGAAAAAUUAAUACUUAUCAUCGACAUAUCCUUUGCAUUUUCCUGUUAGAGCUGAAUAUAACACGAACUCUCAUCAUUCGUAGAAGCUGUGAAAUGACGCUCAUGACGGAUUGCUGGGCCCUGGAUGGCAUAAUAAUUCUAACAAUUCUCAUUAUAACCGCCUACCUUUACAUGACUCGCAAUUUUAAGUAUUGGAAAAAACGGGGUGUGUUGGAAAUAACGCCAUCAUCUUUCAUGGAAUGUCUAUUUCGAAAGAAAGCCCCGGCAUAUUUCCUAAAAGAAUUAUAUGACCGAGCGAAGGGUGAACCUUAUAUCGGUUUCCACAUUCUGGAUAAACCUAUCUUAUUAGUUUGCGAUCGCGAAAUCAUUAAGAGUAUCUUGAUAAAAGAUUUUAAUAUCUUCUAUGACCGAUACGCCACGGGUAAUCCAAAAGACCGUAUUGGAUACACUUCUCUCUUUUUAAUUAAUAAUCCUGCUUGGAAAAUUUUAAGAACAAAAUUAUCACCAUUCUUUACUUCCGGUAAAAUGAAAAAAAUGUUUGAUUUAAUGCUAGAAUGUACAAAUCAUUUAGAUGAGUAUCUCGAUUCAUUAAAGUUAGAUGAUAAAGGACAAAUAAUAGAGGCGAAGGAUAUAAGCUCUAGAUUAACAAUCGAUAUGAUCAGCAGCACUAUUUAUGGACUCGACGUGAACACGUUCAAAAAUCCAAACCUUGACUUUCUAAAAUAUGGCAAGAAGAUAUUUACGAAUAAUUAUCUGCGUGCUUUAGAGAUACUUGCAAUGUUUUUCCUUCCAAACAUAUCUCGUAUAGCUCGUCUAAAAUUGUUCGGUACAGAGGCUACCGCUUUUUUGCGCAAGUUUUUCUGGGAAACAUUGACUAGACGCAUGGAAUCCAGCGAGAAAAGACACGAUCUUAUCAAUAUUCUGAUCGAACUCAAGAAAAACAAUCAUGAUCAUAAAAUUGAAGACUUUGAAUUCGAUGAGGAUGUUCUCAUGGCGCAAGCGAUCAGUUUCUUCGCAGCCGGUUUCGAUACAACCGCACAGCCUAUUGUUUUCACGUUGUACGAACUCGCAUUACAACCGGACAUUCAGAACACCCUAAGAAAAGAAAUUCACCAAGCGCUCAACAAUUUCGAUGGAAAAAUUACAUACGACAUGAUCAUAUCGCUACCGUAUAUGGAUAUGGUGGUAUCGGAAACUUUAAGAAAAUACCCUCCAUUGGGAUUUCUGAAUCGCAAUACAAUGGAGACUUACCAAAUACCAAAUUUUAAUCUCGUACUUGAGAAGGAUACGCCGAUUUAUAUCCCAAUGCUUGCUCUACAUUACGAUCCGAAAUAUUUUCCCAAUCCUGAAAAAUUUGAUCCAGAGCGAUUCAAUGAGGAGAACAAACGUAAUAUACCAUCAUGCGUUUACUUCCCUUUUGGAGACGGUCCACAUUCGUGCAUAGGUAAUCGCUUUGCAUUGUUAAUGAUAAAAUUGAUACUCUUUAAAAUGUUGAACAAGUGUGAAGUAACACCAUGCGAAAAAACUAUAAUACCAGUGAUCAUUGAUUCAGCAGUGGCUUUGACAGGACCGUUAAAUGGCGUAAUAUAUCUCAAUAUGCGAAAAGCUAAUACUGUUACCGAUUAA